ACCGGCGUCCCUGGUACCCACGGUCCCAUUGCGCAGUACCACGAACACUCAGGUACUAUUCCGCCAUCAAGCCCUGGCCGAACAAGAUCGUGGAGAACGGCCUGCCGAUUGAGAUGCCGGUGUACAAGGAGUCUCUGGAAACUGUCUUCUGUGCGAUUGUUGACCGCGAUGCAGACGUAUGCCCGGCAAGGUGAUGCGUCCAUGAUACUCGUCAACGACGAUGGUCUCAGGUUGCUCUCGGUCGAGGAGCGUGACACACGCAUAGCAUUCUACGCCAACCACGGCAUUGGCUGGGUCGCGCGGCCGAAGCUUGAUGAUGCGCCGGACGGGUUCCAGCGUGCGGG